AUGCGGUCGAAGUCCCAAUCGACGUCGUCGCGGGCAAACGGCACAGCCGCCGCCGCCGCCGCCGCCGCCACCAACACCAACACCACUACUGCCACGGUGCCCGUGGCCGCUGCGCUGCCGACGAAGAAGGUGGCGGAGUUGGUUCGACAGCUGGCAGAGUCUCAGUAUGAGGCACAACAGCUCCACCGGCGGAUGGAGGCGUUGCAGCACGAAAACGCCUCACUUCGCGCUACCAUUUUGCGGCGAGAUGCUGCGGGUAGUGUCGUAGGCGUCGCACCGCCCCAACAAGAAGAACCGCCCAAAAACCUACAGCAACGGCAGCAGCUUCAGCAGCUGCGGCGGGGUGAGGGUGAGGGGCCUCCCGCGGGGGCGGGAAAAAACACCCCCGCGAUAAAUAGUAGUUCUGUAAAGAAUUCAGUCUUUAUGGACGGACCGCUCUCAUAUGCACCGGGGACGCAGGCGUCGCUAGCGCCCGACGCGAUGGGGGCUUACUUGACGCCGCCCUGCUUAUCCUUGAAGGCAGCUGGCGAACCGUCUGCAACAGGCGCGGAAAACGUCGGCGGCCAACACUCCUCCUCUGGGGAGUCUUGCUUGAAGAGGAAGUAUGCCAAACUGAAACGGAUUUAUGAGAAGACGCUUAGAGAGCGUGAUGAACAGCUUGCAGAGGUGCAGCAACUGGUUCAUCAGAUUCAAGCGGAGCAUGAUGAGCUGCGGCAUCGUCAUGAGCGAGAGCGCCUGCAACAGCAACUGGAACUAGAGUCAAAGGGCCGAAUGCUGCUAGAGACGAAAACAAAGUCCCUUGAAGAAGAGAAAUUGGCGUGGCAACAGCGAUUCUUGCGUUUGCUGGAGGAGCCUUCGCACGUGCGCACUCCCGUGAUGGCGCGAGAAGUGACGGAAGCACUCAGUGACGCUAGUGCCGCUGGAAAGCCCCCACCUCGUCCGGAUGGUUUGAACCUGACAGAACUUUCCCUUAUGUGGCCAGAGAGUGCGCUUGCUUCCGUGCUGGAUACGGACACCUUCCCGCAGAGUGUAAGUGCUUCGCAUGGCAGUUCUUAUGGCAACGCCGUGAAGAGGAAGAUGAAUGACGUGGAACAGUUGUAUCUGCAGCGGCGGCGGCAGCAGAGGGGGGAGGGCGUCGUCAGCGCAGUUGAUUCAAGUGGAGCUCAGAAUGUCUUGCCACGGUCGCUGGCUGCGACGAGCAGGCGCUCCGUUGCUGUACAGGUGAGGCCGUCGGCCACAACCGCAACUUCGCAGACAGAGACUUACAGCCAAAGGUCUGUAGGCACUUUCGUGGAUUUUGGCAACCAGAAGAACAUGGCAACUGGUGACAUGCUGCGGACUGCGGGGGAGUCAGAGCUGAAACAGGAGUCCCAAAAGGGAACUUUCAGCACCUUUGAUAGAAAACUAGAGGAGCUGCCACAAGCUCCUUUUCCCGAGAUCUCGAAGAGUUCACUUCCGUUCUAUGCAUUGCGGCCUGCUCAGCAGAAGGGUCUGCAGCAUCACGUUUAUUAUGCUGUGGGUCAGGUGCAUGGAAUGGGCAACGGUUGUCAUCCAUCUUGUGUGCCCCCAUUUAGGCAGCUGGGGGAACAAGAGCCGUUUUCUGCCACUUUUGCUCCCUCCGCAGCAGCUGCUGCUUCUUCCUGCAUGGCAGGAUUUGAGAAUCUUCCUGACAAGGAUCAAGCGACACGAGAUCGUCUUGAAGCGGACAUUCUAAAACAUGAUCAGCUGCUAGAAGCCGUGGCGAAACUGCAGCGAAAAGCCCAGCGUGUUGCCAAGACACCGUCGUUUUAG